AUUCUGUGUCCAUGGCAGAGGCCCGGAAACGAGAGGUCACCAUGGCAACCUAGACUAGGAUUAGUUUAGAACUUUGGCGUUUGCCUGCAGUCUAUGCUGAAGUUUCUCUAGUUUUUACACAGAUUUUCUGUCUUUGUGUAGGUAUGAGCAGUAUCUUUAUUUCUUUCUCAACAUGCAGUUUAAAUAAUAUAUUCAAAAGUCUGCGUUUGGUCUAAAUCCAGGUUUUAUUAGCUACAAAAAAGCUAAUGCUAGAGCUAAAGAGUUAAGUGGGACUAGCCGUUAGCUUCAUUAGCAUCAUUAGCUGUCAUUGUUAAAGCUGGGACUUUGGUGCCAUGAGUUGUCGACGGGAGCAAACUGUUCACUCACCUCGACUGGAGGCUGUGAUUCAGAAACUGGAGGAAUCUCUGCUUCAGUCCGACGGUAGCUCAGGAGAGCAGACUCUGUCAGUUGGAGGUGAUGGACGGGAGUCCGGUGUCUCGACUGUGCCUGUCUCCACACGCAUCCGUCAGAUCAUCGCCCGCAACCUGGCGGAGCAGCCAGCUGGUGAGAACUCUGAGGUCAGUGAUCUGGAGGGGAGAAGGGCCCGGAGGGAGCCGCUGUCUCUGAGCCAGAUGGAAGUCAAACAGGCCAAUCACACAGACAGGCUUGAUCAGAUGCUGAUGCUGCAGUCGACAGUGGACUCGGACCAGGAGAGCAUAUCACUACAGAACAAGGAGAGAGCUUACAGCCAAAGACUGCAGGUCUACCAGGAGGCCCAGCAGAGACAAGCCCAACUUGUCCAGAAGCUGCAGACCAAGGUUCUUCAAUACAAGACGCGGUGUGGAGAACUAGAAGAACAAGUACUGGAGAAGACUUCAGAGUCAGAGAAGAUGAGAUUGAUGCUGCAGGCUCACCUGGACACGGUCCAGCGUCAUCAGCGGACAGAGCAGGAUCUCACCAUGGCUGUCCAGAACAUAUCUGCUCAGCUAGAGGAGGAGCAGAAGAGGUGUGCCAGCCUCAGCCAAGUGAACUCUCUGCUGCGGGAACAGCUGGAGCAGGCAGGCACUGUCAACCAGGGGAUAACGGAGAGCCUGUGGAAGGCCCGCGAGGAUGUCGAGUUGUGCGAUACACGACUGCGGAGAGAGCAGGAGACAUGUGCCUCCCGGUCGAGUCGUGAACAGGCCCGUGUCAGAGCACUGUGGCGCCAGGCCUCCUCCCUGCAGAGCACUUUCACCCAGCUAAGGACUUUCACUGACAGGACUCUGUCUGACAUGCGAGGGGAGUGUGUUGCUGUCAGCCGGCAGCUGCAUGUCGCCUGCAUGAGCUUCGAGGCCAGAGUAACACAGGAGAGCUCCUCUAGUGGUGUGGAAAUGUCAGUGCUGGAGAGGCAGCUGAAGGACAAGCUGAAAGAGGCCAUGCAGCUUCAGGGUCGAUGGGAUGUGGAGAAAGUCAGUCUUAACUCCAGCAUCCUGGAGCUGUCCGACACAGUCAAGCACCUCAGGAGCCAGAACAGUGAGAAGGAUGCCAGCCUCACGAGCAUGCAGAUCAGUCUGGACAGGAUGGAGACAAGGAGAACAGAGGACAGAGCAGAGAUGGAGGUCCUCCACACUGAGAUCCAAGCCCUCCAAAAGAUUUUAAGUCAUGUCCAUCAGUUGGUUGGUGGGGAAAGUGAUAGUGGCUCUGAAAGUUUCUCCUCACCUCUCCAUGGCCGGUCUCCUCAAAAGAACACCACCUUAAUGGCUGUGCAGAAUACUCUCUCCAAGCACCAGAAACAAACACAGGACCUGCGUGGAUGUCUGGACGCUGCCCUCGAGCAAGUGGACAUGCUGCGUAAUCACAUGCAGGAGAGGGACGCUGAGAGGAGGGAGCUUGAGCAGAAGAUUCAGGAAGUUGUCCGAGAAAACCAGGAGGCUAAAAAGGUGGUAGAAGAAAGUGUCAGAGACAGCAGCAGAUACUGUCGCUCACUGGAGCUCAUCUCCAGUGAGAAGGAGAGUCUGGAGAAGCUGCUGUCAGGGCUGCAGCAGGAGGUGGACUCCCAGCGCGCCGAGCUGGAGGCGCUGCGGGGCUCCUCGCUGGAGCUCCAAAGACAGCGGGACUUCCUGAGGCAGCAGAGGGAGGAUCUGGAGACGCAGCUAACACGCCAACACACAGAGGCCCAGAGAGGCAAUAGGAGCCUAGAGGAGCUUGAAGGGAAACACUCUCAUCUCCGGAGUGAGCUGGUGACAGUGAAGGAGAAUCUGAAUCAAAUCACUCUACAGAAAGAGGUGUUGGAGGAGGAUAAGGCCAGUCUUGCUCUGGCUCUUAGCAAGAUGGAGUCCCAGAGAGCUGCACGGGAGGUAGCCUUCACCAAACUGCAGAAUCAAGAGGCUGCUCUUCAAGAUUCUCUGGCCAAAAUGGCUGCUCUCAGUGAAGGCUUAGCCAAAGACAAGGUGGAACUCAACCGUAUUCUGCUGCAGACAGAAGGUGAGAAGGCUGUGCUUGACGGACGCAGGCGGGAAGCUGAAGCGGAGCGGGCAGCAGCUCGAGAGGAGACGGCACGGGUGCAGCAGGAGAUAAUGAAUCUGCUCGCUGAGAGACAAGACCUGGAAAGCUCCCACAGCCACUUACAGAUUCUCUGCCAGAAGCUCGAGGCCGAGCUGAGGCUGCUGCAGAGGGAGAAAGCUCAGGCCCUGGAGCAGCACUCUCAGGUCCACCAGCAGAUGCAUAGUGUGUCAGAGGAGCUGAGUGCGUGCAGGAAGGAGCUUGAGACACUGACCACAGCCCUAAAGAGAGCUACCCAUGACAAGGAGGAGCUGGCCAAGGAAAGGGCUGCUCUGGGUGUCAGGCUAAACUCCGCUGACCGAAAGACCUGUGGUCUCACGCAGGAGCUGCUUGCACUUAGAGCAGAGAAGGAGUCCCUGGAGACGGCUCUGUUUGAAAGCCAGGAGCUUGCCUCGUCUCUGGAGGCUGAGAACACCAGGAUGGAGGGGGAAAGGCACGGCUUGCUCCUGGCUAACGAGGCCUUGACGCGUGAUGCUGCUCGCAUGCGGGUAGAUGCUGAACACCAGUUGACACAAGCUGCACAAGAGCGGAGCAAACUGGAGGAAAAGCUGUCUGAGGUGGAGAGGCAGGCCCAGCUGAGCCUGAACAACAAAGAGCAAAUUCACAGAGAGCAACAGGAAGCCGAACGCCAAAGAAAUGAGCAGCAGUGUGCAGAGCUGAAGGUUCAGAGGGAGCAGGCUGAAGAGCAGCUGUGGAGACAGUGUGAGGAGCUGCGUGUGCGCAGCCAGCAGGAGCUGCAGCAGGUGCAACAGGAGCAGUCCAGGCUGCAGCAGGAGUUCAACCAAAGCCUCCUGCAGGCUGAGAGUGAAAAGCAGCAGGCUUUGUCCCAGAAGGAGGCCGAGAAGGCCGCUCUCACUGAGAAGCUGACUUCCCUGCAGCACGACUUGGCCGCAGCAGAUAUGGAGCUGGAACACACGAAGAGGAAGGCACUCAGCACACAUGAGCAGGAUAAGAAUGCAAUGGCUGCCCUUCAGUCUGAGCUGCAGGACUUACGGACUCAGUUUGAAGAAUCUUUGAACUCCCAUGAAAGUACAAAGAAGAGUCUGACGGAGCAGGUCAAAGAGCUGAACCAUCAGAGAGAACAUGCACAGAAGGAGUUAGAAGGUCUUCGCCGGCAGCUCCAGGAAGCUCAGGAUGGACUUAUCAGUGGGCGCAGGGAGCUGAUUGAGGCUCACAGAGAGCUCCAGGAGUGUGCGCUGGAGCGCGACAAGCAGCGAAAAGAAGCCUUGGACCAGAGAAGACUCUUGGGGGACGAGACCAGAGAGAAAGAGGCCAUCCAAGCCUCCAACCAGGAACUCAGAGCUUUGAUUAAAAAAGCAGAGAGUGAGAACAGCAGCCUGCGACGAGCCGUGGAAGAGCGGGAUCAGAAAGUGUCAGUCUUAGAGGAAUGCAGGAGCUCGAUGGACCAAGAGGGAAGCACCUUACGGAGCAGUAUGAGAGAGCUGGAGAAGACUCGCCUGCAGGCACGCAGACAGCUGCAGGAGCUGCGCAGACAGGUCAAGAUCCUUGAAGGCGAGAACGGCCGGCAGAAACAGGAGCUGCAGGAGCUGCAGGCUCGGGUUUGUCAGGAGGAGCAGAAGGAGGAGGAGGCACGUCGCGAAGCGUUCAGUCUCAAGCAGAGAGUUCUUGAGUGUGAGGCCGGGAGAGACGCAGCGCUAAAUGAGGUCGCAGGUGUGCAGCGUCGUUUGGUGGAAAUGCAGACGGAGGGUCAGCAGAGUCGAGAGUUGCUGCAGGAGAAAGAGGCCUAUCAACAGCAGAGUAACCAGAGGCAUAAAGAAACCUCUGUGCAGCUGCAGGAGGCACUAGAGGACGCCAGGGUCCAGGUCGCAGAUCUGUCCGCACAAGUUGACUUAGCGCAACGUAAGGUUCAGGGCCUGGAAGAGCAGCUUCGGUCGGGUGACGCUAAACGUAAGGACCUGGAGCUAAAGCUGGCAGGAAUGUAUUCAGCUCUGCGUCGCACUGUUGGCAUCAGCCAUUCAAAGCCUCCAAACACACCUGGCUCACGUAGACGGUCUCCCUCUUCCUGGAGAUGCCACCUGCAAGUAAGAGGAGGGGAGAACGUGACGGACAAAUCUGCGUCUCGUGGUGAAAAUGAAGAGCUGGACAUCGACACAGUGCACUCAGCCUUGCAGGAAUUCCAGCAGGAACUUCGGGAAGCACAACGAGACAGGGAUGAAGCCAAAGCUCAGGUCGUCAGUCUGAGUCAGCAAGUGGCACAGCUCAAAGCCAGCCAGAAUAAAUCAGCCACCCAGGUACUGCAACUUCAGGCAUCCUUGAAGCAAACAGAGCAGGGAAAAAGAGAGAUGACAGAACGAUUGCAAGCGGUGCAGUUAUCAUUUUCCCUGCAGGAGGGAGUCGCAUGUCGUUCAGAAAGAGAGAAGAAGAGCCUUGAGGAGGAGUUAGUCCAACUCAGGACUAGUCUGCAAGCUGCUGAAGCAGAGUCCAGGGAUAAGUUGGAGCUCUUCCAGGAUUUGGAAUCUCGUGCAAGUGCAGAACAGCGAAAGCUGAAAGAGGCUUUGGACGCAGCAGAAAACAGAUCCAGCCGCCUGGAGCUGACUCAGCGCACCCUUGAGGGUGAGCUGCACAGGGCCCAGCUCAGGGCCGCAGAGCUGGAUGCAGAGGCCGGGGCACUGCAGGAGAGACUGACGGAGCUGAGGAGGAAGCUGAGCGAGAGCGAGGACCGCUGUGCGGCCCUGGCGGUCAGUGAGGAGAGACUGACCACGUCACUGGCUCGAGCGGAACAGCAUGAGAGCCAGCUGAGAGAGCAGAUCCACAAACUGUCGGACUCUCUCGGUGACAACAGGAGCAGCAGUGGAGCCCUGCAGGAGCAGAUCGCACAGCUGCAGAAGGCUCUGACUGCCAGUGAGCAGGACCGAAGGCUGCUGCAGGAACGUCUGGAUAAGACACGGGAUACCCUUUCAGAGAGUAAGAGGCUGAACCACACACUGACAGAACGCACCCAAAACCUCCAAAGAGCCCAAGAGGACGCAGAGCUUAAGAUUUCAGAGCUGGAGAAACGUAACUGGACACUGAAGGAGAACCUGAAGCUGCGGCAGAAAGCUGAAGUCCAGGCCCAAGGCAGCUCCCAGCAGCUGCAGAGAGAGAAGGCAGAACUUCAUGACAAGUCCACCAGUCUGCACAGCACGAUGCAAAAGCUUCAAAGUGAGAGAGCUGAGAUGGAGAGGCUGCUGACUCGACUUAGUAAAGACAAGUCAGCUCUGAGAAGGGCCCUGGAGAAGGUGGAGAUGGAGAGGCUGAGGAGGGAGGAGGACGCUGCAUCAGCAGGCAGAGAGAAGGAGCAGUUGGGGCAGACGGUGCGCAGCCUGGAGCGGGAGCUGGCUGAGAAACUGUCUGACAUGCAGACGCUGCAGGCCCAAAUCUCUCAGUUGGAGCACGCUCAUGCACAGCGCCUCCUGGAGGUGACAGCCCGCCAUCACCAGGAGCUGGAUCUGGAGACAGAUCGUCUGAGAGACAGUCAGCUCCAAGCAGCACAAGCUUUAGAGAGCAGAGAGAGGGCCCAUCGUCAGAGGGUCAAAUGCCUGGAGGAACAGGUGUUAACUCUCAAAGAGCAGCUGGAUCAGGAGACGAGAAGACGACAUGCCUAUUUGAAUCAGAUGCUGCAGCCUGGUGUGUAGGCAGAGACCCUGCAGUGAAGUAUGUAGCACCUCUGGCUUCCUCGCUCACUGUCCCUCUGGCAGCUUCCCAACAAUGUUAUGUUACAAGCGACAUCCACAAUGUUUUUGGAAGCUACACGCACACAAACACAGUCCCAAGGCGUUCACUCCCACCCAUGCACAUGUGCUCACCGGAUUACAUUAAUCUGCAGGAAAACUCAACAACAACAAACAAUGAGUGUUUUGUUUGUAAGUGGACUGGAUGUGCCAAAUUGUUUUAAGGAUUUCCUCUGGCUUGCUGAAGUUGGUGUUUUUAAGUCUGUUUAUGCUGUGUCAUUUUUUUGGGAGGAAACAAUGUAAUGAAAGGUUUCCUUGGUUGGUGCUUAUUUUUCUUAUACAUACAUGUUUGUCAUAGUGAUUUUAUACCAUUGUUUUUAUGUCACAAUCAUGUGUCCUAGUGAGUAUUUACAGUAAUGUCUCAUCGAUCCCACUUCCCGGUGCUGUGUUUACCUUGUCAUUAAGAAUCUACAGUGAAGUGUAAAUCAUUUGUUUUAUCACGUAUUGUAUUUCACAUAAUUGUGAUUAAUAAAAAAAAAAAAUAAAUAAAAAAG